GUCACAGGCAAGGGCCGCCAUUUUGACUGAGCAACCCUAGUGACAGGAGCCGAAGCAGCAGCGCAGGUUGUCCCCGUUUCCCCUCCCCCUUCCCUUCUCCGGUUGACUUCCCGGGCCCCCUACACUCCACAGUCCUGGUCCCGCCAUGUCCCAGAAACAAGAAGAGGAGAACCCUGCGGAGGAGACCGGCGAGGAGAAGCAGGACACACAGGAGAAAGAAGGUAUUCUCCCUGAGAGAGCCGAGGAGGCAAAGCUAAAGGCCAAAUAUCCAAGCCUAGGACAAAAGCCUGGAGGCUCCGACUUCCUCAUGAAGAGACUCCAGAAAGGGCAAAAGUACUUUGACUCAGGAGACUACAACAUGGCCAAAGCCAAGAUGAAGAAUAAGCAGCUGCCAAGUGCAGGACCAGACAAGAACCUGGUGACUGGUGAUCACAUCCCCACCCCACAGGAUCUGCCCCAGAGAAAGUCCUCGCUCGUCACCAGCAAGCUUGCGGGCGGCCAAGUUGAAUGAUGUUGCCCGGGGCUCCGCCAGAUCCUGAGACGCUGCCCUCCUGGGUCCUGUGCUGGCUCCUGCCCCUCCCUGCUUUUGCAGCCAGGGGUCAGGAGGUGGCUCGGGCGCGGGCUGGAGAGGCAGAAGCCCCUGCCCAGCGGUGUCCCAGCGCAUGGGGCCCCUUGGGCUGAGCACCAAGACCCUGAACCUUUUUUGUUUUACCUUUUUUCCAAAUAACUGUUGGGAGAAAUCUCAGUGAAAUCCUGGCGGGGAUGGGAGGGGGUGGGUGGGGCGCGGGUGUGGUGUUUGAGAGGGUGGGGUGGGAAAUUUGGGGGGGGAUAUGAAAUAGGCCUUGGAGUUGAUAAAAACAUGCCUGACUAUUCUCCUUCCUAACCAUGUGGCUGGUGUGGGAUGGGUGUGAGGGCGAGGAGUGGAGUAGACUCCAGAUGAGGAGUUCCAAUUCAGCUCUGUAGAGAAAUGCCUUGUUUGCUUGGAUGUGGCUGGGGAUCUGGUGUCAGAUAAAAGAAACUGUCCGUCUAAAUAUGACAGAUGCAAACAGCUCCUCUGGUUCUGCAGAGCAAGCUGAGAACACAAUUAAUGUUAAUUGUUCGUUGAAAAAAGUGCUGUCCUUGAAAUAGAUUUACUGUGGGGAGAAGGGCAGUGAGUGUGGGGAAAGGGGGCCAUGAGCAUGGGGAGCCCCACAGAGCCCAGGAGACUUUUUCAGUAUUUGAAAUAAAAAAAAAAGAAGACAACCCACAAAAAAACACAACCCAGAAAUACUCUGAAGCAGUUGGUGUGUUUUAUUGGGGUUUGGGGAAAGGGAAGAAAAUGAAACUGAAGACACCAUUCAGGGGAGAAGCUGGUGUGGAGCCCUGAGUUCUAAGGAACCGGGGCCCUUAAUAGGGGAUGUGACUGGGCUUCCCACUUCCAUCACUCAGGGAGAGCGAGGAGGGAUGUUAGCAUAUAGAUCUGGGCUUUUCCUGACUCCCGUCUAUCCUUUUGUUUCUGUAGCUAAUGUAGAAGAUGCAUCAACCUCAGGUUUUGGCUCACAAAAUGAAGAAUUUGAUCUAAAUAGUUUAUUAACACCUAGAGCUUAGUUCAGGCUAAGCAAAAAAGAGACGCCCACUCUUCCUUUUCCCUUUCAGUCUUCCAUUCCUUCACAAGUUCUCAUGUCUGUGAAGGAGAAAUGUGACCUCUAGUAAUAAGCCAAAAGGAACUCAAGCCUUUUUGCUUGUGGCCAGCAGGAGGCAGAGUGACUUCUUUCCUCCCCACCUCCCAAGCAUCAACUGCAAGAAGUUACAAACUGCUUGUGAAUGUAUUAUAGAAAAGAAUGUUACCAACAAACUCACACCUGUCUCCCCGACACACACCAACAUUGACAUGUGUCUCUUUGCCUAUUUUGCCCAACUUUGAGGAGAGUAUAUUAUAUUUUCCCAAAUGUGAUUGGCUUCUCAAAUGAGUAUGCAUCAAGGAAGAUAAACAAGGUCCAGUAGACAUAGAUAUUCCAGAGAACUCUCCAUCUUAUUGAAGGGGAAGGGCACUUCUAAACUGGACUAGGACUCAUUCUUAAUGAUCCUUAAUCAGAAGUUUUCCAAAUAUGUUUUCAGCUACUCAGGAUGUUACUAACUUGCGCUCUCCUGAUUUAGCCAGGGGAUUGUGAUGCCUCCCAACCACUGGCCUUUCUGAGUGAGCCCGUGGUAUGGAGAUACAUUAAAAACAUUCCCUACUUUUGUGGGGUUUAUUGUCUUUGUGGAAGAAAAGCUAUGCAAAAGUUCACAUGCUUCAGAAGUUAUAAACUCAAAGCAAGGAGCUACACAUACACAAAUUAGUAGAAUGUUUACUGUGGUGGGGUUAGUGAGUCUUCUCAACCCUCCUAUUCCCCUUAAACCAAUCCCAUGACUUCUGAGCAUGCCAUCCCUAGUGUAUGUUUGCCAUCCCUAAUGGCUGGGGAGUGAGAUCAGUGAGGCUGAAUGUGGGGGCAUCAUUCAGUGCAGUUUCGUUUUUAAUACAGGUAAAGUUGAAGUAUAGAAAUAAAUUACUUAUAAGGUGGCAAAGUGAGUUCGCUGAAGAGCUUGAGAUAGUAUCUAGGCUUUUUUUUUUUUUUUUUUAAGAAGGCUCCACGCUGGGCAUGGAGCCCAGCCCUGGGCUUGAACUCAGGACCCUGAGAUCAAGACCUGAGCUGAGAUCAAGAGUCGGACGCUCAACUAACUGAGCCACCCAGGCGUCCCAUAUCUAGGCUUUUAUAUGACUUUUCCAUUAUUCCUGGUUUUCCUGGUCCUUAGUUUUAAGCUGUAGUCUUAGGAAUCCUGGGUGCCAAGAAAGGAUUGUGGCAAUCUCUAUUGUGGUGUAAAACCUUGCCAUUCCUUCUCCCUCACUCCCAUACUGCGGGGCCACGCAACCAGAACAGACUGCUCUGCACUGCUCCAAAUGGCGAUUCCUGCCCAUAUUCCAGAGUGGAGUCAAGAGUUCUUCCAUUCCUCCCAACAUGGCUGAGUGAUGAUUCUGCUGACAAGCCUCUCAGCCAUCUGAUACAUAGGGUGGCAGGGACGAAGUCACCAUGAUUCUUGUCCAGCAGCAUUUAUUUUGAGCUAAUGUAGCCUGGGCAUGGAAAAUGCAGGCAAAAGCAAGCUAACUUGGGAGAGUCACCGUUGAGAAUAUCUGCAGUGAGCAAGCAGCCCUCGGGUGUGUAGUGCCCUCUGCUGGGCCUUUGAGGGGGUUACCAAGGAAAGUGAAGCGAAGCUGUGACAGAGGCAUACAAAUAAAUGCAAAUUCAUGUAGUUCUACACGGAAUGCCAAGAGCCAAGGGAAGGAGAGUCAGGAGAGGAGUUGUUAGCUGAAAUUUUCUUAGAGAUGGGGGACUUACUAAUGAUCAGGUGAGGCCUCCCAUGCUUGGGCAAGAAUAUGUUCAUUCACAUGUAACUGUUGAACACACUUUGCAAUCAGAAAUAUUAGCUAUUGUUGGGCAGAUAGUGUAAGAAAUGGUGUCUGCCCUGGAGGAACUUGAAGCCUCAUUGAGACAAAACUUCUACAUAUGAUGCAAGACUGCAUAGCAUCAGUCAGGCUGUGGUAAAAGAAUUCUGAGGGGUGCCUGGGUGGCGCAGUCGGUUAAGCGACGAACUCUUGGUUCCGGCUCAGGUCGUGAUCUUAGGGUCAUGAGAUUGAGCCGUGUGUCAGGCUCCAUGCUCAGUUCAGAGUCCGCUUGGGUUUUCUCUCUCGCUCUCUCUUUCAAAUAAAUAAAUCUUUUUAAAAAAAAAUCUCAGGGGCACCUGGGUGGCUCAGUCGGUUAAGGGUCUGCCUUUGGCUCAGGUCAUGAUCCUAGGGUACUGGGAUCAAGCCCCACAUUGGGUUCCUUGCUCAGUGGGGAGCCUGCUUCUCCCUCUCCCUCUGCCUUCUGCUCCCCCUGCUUGUGUGUGCUUUCUCUCUGUCAAAUAAAUAAAUAAAAUCUUAAAAAAUUCCCAGAAGGGAAAAUCCAAAGGGCUGGAAUCAUUAGGUAAAUAUUACUGGUGGAAAUGGAAAUUGAACUGGGCCUUGAAAGUUGGAUAGUACUUAAAUAGUCCAGUUCGAGGGGCACUAGGUGGCACAGUCGGUUAAGCCUCUGACUCUUGAUUUCGGCUCAGGUCGGGAGAUCUAGCCCCAGGUCAGGCUCCAUGCUCCGCAUGGAAUCCGCUUAAGACUUUCCCUCUCCCUCUGCCCCUGCCCUGUCUCUCUCUAAAAAUAAAUAAAUCUUCAAAAAAAUAAUAAAUGAAUAGUCCAGUUCAGUUACUUAAUAAGAGCCCAAAAUAUGCCAGGCACUGUGCUAAAAUAUAAGUGAUAUGUGGGUGCUUUCUUUUUCCACAUGAAGAAACCAUACUAUAUUGUUAAACUUGGGUCGUAGAGGCCUAGCUACGUAGAGAAAGAGGGAUGAGUAAAUAAUUGCUAAAUGUUUUGAGUACUUAGGAUGUGUCAAGCCCCAUGCUACGUGCUUAACUUACACCCUCUCAUUUAUUCCUCACAGCAGUUCUAUGAGUAGGCAGUCAGACUGCUGCCAUUAUACAAGUGAGGAAACUAAAACAAUAACUUGCCCAAGUCACACAGCUUCUGAGAGUGGAGGCAGGAGUCACUCCAAUGCCUACAAGGGGUUCAGGAAAGAGUAAUCAGGAAUACUUUCAUGGAGUAAGUUCUGAGAGAGGAGCAGGAUUUCUCCAGAAAGAUAAGGUGAUCAGGGGCCUUUUGGUAGACAGACCAACACUUAGACAGGAUGAGACAGUGUGGAAUGGGUGGUGCUUCAGCAGCAGUAUUGGGUCCUAGGGAGUGGCUGGUCCAAGGCCAAGAAGGCAGGCAGGAGCGAGGUUACAGAGGAUAUGGCAGGCAGGCAGGCCCAGGGACCUCUGAGGGGAUGGCAGAGAAAAGACCUGGUCAGAUCUGUGUUUUAGGUAGGUUACUGCCAAAUUGUGUGAAGGGCUUUAAAUUAAAGGUGAAGUAUUUAGGGAUGGGCUGGUUCUAGUGUCAAGCUGUCUGGUUUUAAAUUCUGAUUUUGACAUAUUUUGGUAACUCAGGACAAGUUUCCUAAACUCUGUUUGCUUCAGUUUAUUUAUUUGUAAAAUAGGAAUGAUGUGGUACCUACCAUAAAGGGUGGUUGUGCUGAUUAAACAAAAUAAGGCGUGUAAAGCCCUUCAGGGAUGUAACAGCACCUAAGAAAUGGUUUCUGCCCUCAAGGCGCUUACAGACUAUAGGGGGAUGUGAUAAAGACGGGUAGGCAGACAGAAUACAAGAUGGGAAAGAUGGGAUAAGCACAAAAUGCUCUGAAAGCACUCACCUAAUUUGGGAGGUGGAAGAAUAGUCAGGAAGAUCCUUUCACAGAAAGUAGCUUGUAAGCUGAAAUCUGAUGGAGUAGUAGGACAUGGUCAUGUAAAGGGGUUAGAUUGGGAAAGGGGGUCUUCCAAAUGGAAGGACAGCAUGUGAAAAGAUUUAGAGGUAUUGUGUUCUGGGAACUUAAAAUAAUUGAGGGACACGUGGAUGGCUCAGUCAGUUGAGUGUCCGACUUCUGGUUUCUGCUUGGCUCAUGAUCUCAGGGUCAUGAGAUCGGGCCCACUCAGUGGGGAGUCUGCUGGAGAUUUUUUUUCUCUCUCCCUCUGCCCUCCCCCCUGCUCGUGCACUCUCUUUCUCUCUCUAAAAUAAAUAAAUCUUUAAAAAAUAAUAAUAAUUGAGAGUAGCUGUAGCAUACCAAACAGCAGAUGGGGUGCAAAGAAAUGGGUGGAGGGAGGGGAGAGUCCGAUCACAAAGGGCCCUUUGGACUUGAUCCUGGAGGCAAUGAGAAGCUGCUGAGAUUUUAAGCAAGGUAAUGACAUGAUCAGAUUGGCUCUUUAGAAUAAUCUUUCUGACCACGGUGUGGGCAAGAGACUGGAGAGGGUAAAAUUGAUGUAUUUAGAGGGGCUGUUAACAGGAUGGAAAAGUUAAGGGAUUUGGUUGUUAUGAAGGGAAAGAUGAUGAUUCAGUUUGUGGCAUAAUAAAUUCGAAGUAGCAAUGCAACACCUAAGUGCGGACACUCCACUUAGUUAACUGUUACCAUGGGCUAGUUAUGAGUAAGAUAGACUAUUGUGUUGCUACAGAUUAGGAACUAAAGAAGGUAAGGACAGUGGGGAUGAAGAAGAGUGGACAAAUCAAGAAAUACACGGAAAGUACAAUCAGCAGAACUUGAUGGGGGGGCGGGGUGUGCAACUUGGGAAGAGACAGGACUCUAAUAAAAAAUUCCUAGGUUUCUGGCCUGGGUUACUGGGUAAAGGAUGAUGUCAUAACCUAGAGAGACACUACUACUGGAAGAGCAAGUUUAAAAAGGAAGAUAAUGAGUUCAGUGUUGCAGAAGGGAUGAUAUGAGGUGCCUCUAGGACAUCCAAGAGUAGAUGACUGGGAAGUUACUGGAUUUAUGAGUCUAGAGGUUGGAGAAGUCAAAAUAGGAAACUCCACUAAGUGGAGUGUCCGCACUUAGGUGUUGCAUUUAACACUAAUGACCAUGGAAGUGAAAGCAUAUAGAGCAGAAAGACUGGAGGGCUGACCCUGAUGAAAGCUAACAUGUGGGGUGCCUGGGUGGCUCAGUGGUUAAGCGUCUGCCUUUGGCUCAGGUCAUGAUCCCAGGUGGGAUCAAGCCCCGCGUCGGGCUCCCUGCUCGGUGGGAAGCCUGCUUCUCCCUCUCCCGCUCCCCCUGCUUGUGUUCCCUCUCUCGCUGUGUCUCUUUCUGUCAAAUAAGUAAAUAAAAUACUAAAAAAAAAAAAAAGAAAGAAA